AUGACAGAAAUUUUGGGUUUACGACGUCAAUCGACAGGGAAUGAAGUAAUUAAUUCAAUUAAAAUAAAGAAUAAUAAUUAUCGUUCAUUCACUCAAAGUGCCCAUCAAUCUAUAGAAAUUUGUGAACAAUUCAAUUCCUUCAAAGAAGAAAAUAAAAUAAUUAAAAAUAAUAAAAAUACUUCCUCACUUCCACAAAUUGAAAUAAAUGGAGUUAAUCAGGAAAAGGAAAUUAAUGAGGAAAAAAAAAACAAUUCUGAUAUUCAACAAAAUACAGAAAUUAAUUUAGAAAUUAAUUCUUUAAAUAAUCAAAAAGGAGAAGGGGAAUGUUUUGCAGCAAUCCCUUUAUAUUUUAAACAUAAAGCCCAAAAAGUUGAUUCACGCAAAAUAGCUGCCAAAAAACGUCUUGAAAGGGGCCAAACGACUAGCGGUUCUGAUAAUUCUUCACAAAAUGCCAAAAAAGUAUGCUAUUUAUUAAAUAUAUAUUUCUCUUUGAUUUUUUCCGAAAAAUACAAAUUAGCUAUGGAUUAG